ACUCAUGCUGCAGCCCGGCCGGUUCGGCAAGAGGAGCGGCCCAGGUAGGGAGUGGUGCGGAGAGUCGCCGCCCACAUCUGUCGCUGUUCCACUCUGAUAGAAAUCAUGGUGAAAGACUGCGUCUUGCUGGCUGCUGUCUCGCUGCUGUCUGCCGUUCAGCAGGCGUACUUUGCAGGGCAAGUAGGAAAUGCCAGGAUGAAAUAUAAAGUGAUGCCACCAUCAGUUGCAGGAGCGCCUGAUUUUGAAAGAAUUUUCCGUGCACAGCAGAACUCGGUGGAAUUCUUUCCCGUGUUCCUGGUUGUGUUAUGGAUUUCUGGAUUGUUUUUCAAUCAAGAAAUUGCCUCAGUCGUUGGUCUUGCCUAUCUAUUUAGUCGGCUGAUGUACUUUAAUGGGUAUGCAGAAUCAACAAAGAGAAGGCUCCCUGGAUUCAGGAUUGGUGUAGCGAUGUUACUGAUAUUAACAAGUCUGAGCAUUGGGGGGAUCACAAACUCCAUGUGUGACAACUAUUUUGAUUUUAACCUUGGUAAAAAGAUCAGAAAAAUGUUUUUGUAAUGUGUGUGUAGUUGCACAUGUCAUACAUUCAAUGCGUCAAGCAUUGCAACAUUUUGUGAAUAUCUGUAAUUUGCAUAUAUGACUUCAAAAUGCAAAAUAAAACAUUUAAACUGGC